AUGCUCCCUUUUUUCCGGCGUGUAAAAGCAUGUGUUGGAACUAUUUACUUUAUAGGAUUGCUGUUCAACCUUUUGGGAAAUGUUACAUCUAUCACUGUAGACGAUAAUGGAUACGUAAUGUACUGUCCGUGCAUGGGUCGUUUUGGUAACCAAGCCGAUCACUUCCUUGGAUCAUUGGGAUUUGCGAAGGGCUUGAACCGAACACUCGUUCUUCCGCCAUGGGUAGAAUACCGCAAAGGCGAAACCCGAUCGACCCAGGUACCGUUUGAUACUUACUUUCAAGUGAGCCCGCUGCAAGAUUUUCAUCCCGUUAUAACGAUGGAAAACUUUAUGGAAAAACUUGCUCCUGCUCUGUGGCCUCCGGAGGAGCGUGUUUCAUUCUGCUACACCGAGCGUAUGAGUCUGGACGGAAGCCCCGGUCACGGAUGUAACGCAAAAAGCGGCAACCCAUUCGGGCCGUUCUGGGACACGUUUCAAAUUGAUUUCGUCGAUUCGGAGUUCUUUGGUCCGAAGUUAAAUUAUGACAUUCAUCACGACCGCAAAAUGGCUCAUCGAUGGAAUGAACAGUAUCCGGCUGAUAAAUGGCCAGUAAUCGCCUUUACCGGAGCUCCUGCGGUUUUUCCAGCGCAGCAGGAAAAUCUCGAACUUCAUAGGUACCUAAAAUGGUCCGUGAAGUACGAAAACGACGCCAGGCAGUUUAUUCGUGACGCGCUGCCCAAAGGCGCCUUUAUCGGAAUUCACUUGCGCAAUGGAAUCGAUUGGGUGAGAGCCUGUGAGCAUGUAAAGGAGAGCUCUAAUCUCUUCUCGUCUCCACAAUGUCUGGGCUACCGAAAUGAACACGGUCAGCUUACGGGGGAAAUGUGCAUGCCAUCGAAAGACACCAUUGUGAGACAGCUCAAGCGUCGUAUUAAGCUGCAGCGAGAAACAACACCAGACAAUCCGAUAAAAGCCGUUUUCGUAGCCUCCGAUAGUAAUCACAUGCUGGCAGAUUUGAACGAUGCACUGAAACGCAUGGACGUAACGGUAGUGCGUCAACCGGAUGCGAAUCCUCAUCUAGACCUGGCGAUCCUGGCACGAUCGAAUCACUUUAUCGGUAACUGCAUUUCGUCUUAUUCGGCCUUUGUGAAACGAGAGCGCGAUGUUAGCGGGUUUCCUUCAUCCUUUUGGGCCUUCCCGCCAGAAAAACCGACAGCUAAAUCGAAAAGUGCAUCAAAAACUCACGAAGAACUGUAA